CUCCAACAAUACAACUCUGAACAUCUGAUGGGCAAAUAUUCUCUCAGCUUGCACUUCCACCGAACUAUCUUUCGAUAUUGACAAUACAAUAUUUCCUUUGGGAUAGCUUCGCUAACCAAGACCACGGCCAUGUCGACUCAAGCUGAUCUGGGUGCCAAGGCCCUUGCAGCCAAAGACUACGCCUCCGCCAUCACCCAUUACACCAACGCUCUUAAAACCGCGAACUCACCCCUAUGGUUCACGAACCGCUCGACUGCAUACCACCGUGCCGGGCAAUACGACCUCGCCCUCCAAGAUGCCGAAGCUGGAGUUUUGGCUGCUCGCCAAAGAGCUCGACGUGAGCUGAUCACCGCCGCCCAGAUGAGGAGAGCUAUCGCACUAUACAGUCUGGGGCGACUUGGAGAUUCGCGGCUCGUGCUGACGUGGGUGAGGAAGCUGAAUGAGAAGGAGAAGAGCCUGGGAGUUUGGCAGUUGAAGGUUGCCAAUGAAUAUGAGAAGCUGCCUGAAGACUCAGAAGGGAGGAAGGUUACAGUUACGGAGGUGCCUGAUGAAGCUAAGUUGCCCGAAGUGGGCAAGACAGUGGUAGCGGAGGAGAAAGGCAAGGCCGUGACUCAGGUUCCUCAGACAUCAACCACUCCAGCACAGACCCCAAAGGAGAAGAUCAGGCAUGAGUGGUACCAAUCAAGCAAUAAAGUUACGAUCACGAUCUUUGCAAAGGGUAUUCCAAAGGAGAAGGCCGAAGUUACUAUUGCCGAAGAUUCUGUCGAAGUCAACUUCCCGAUCGGCGCAAAUAGUAGCUAUAAUUACUCCCUUGACAAUCUUUAUGAACGAAUCAGCCCCUCAGAGAGCACAUUUUCCAUAACUCCCAAUAAACUCGAAAUCACACUCCACAAAACCAGCGGCACGAAGUGGCCAGCUCUAGAGAGUGCAACGCGAGUCCCCGCUCUUGCCACCACAGACGACAUCAAGGACUCCACUCCUCAAACCCCCGCCAGUACGGCCGAAAAGGCCCCCUCAUACCCCACCUCAUCAAAGCACGGCCCUAAGAACUGGGAUGCCCUCGCUAUUAGUGCACUGGCCGCCGAGUCCACUGGUGAUAAUAAGCUCGGUGGAGACGAUGAUGAUGAGGCGGACCCAUUGCAUGGGUUCUUCAAGAAGCUGUAUAAGGAUGCGGACCCGGAUACGAAGAGGGCGAUGAUGAAGAGCUAUACUGAGAGCAACGGAACGGCACUGAGCACGAAUUGGGCAGAUGUGAAGAAAAAGCCGGUGGAGACGAAUCCGCCAGAAGGGGUGGAGGCUAAAAGCUGGGGAAAAUAGUGGACACGCUCAUGAGCAGUGGCAUGUGGGUAUGGUGGACUGAUCCUAUUAUAUCGUGGAAAAGGUGGGCGAAACGUGGAUCUGACCGUCUGAUCAUCAAAGAACUACAGAGGGAAACGAAAUAGAGUAUCCCGGGCGUUCUAUACGUUCAAUAGCACGCAAUUAGUAAAACGGGAAGGAAUAAUACUACUUGAACAAGCCUCAUUGCAGUGCCAUUUCACAGUUGUUAUAACAAAGAGUUAUGAUAGCUUCAAUCAUAACGCCUUCUAUUACAGUACAUAUGCAAAUAUGCUACAUCCCCAACUUUACUAUGCGUAACAAAGGCCCUGAGCACUCCCCAAAGUAGCAGGCUCGAAAAAGGGCAACCUCCCAAAAUAUCAAAC